CUCGUCCUCCCUCUCUCGCCCCCUCUUUCCACUUCCCUCGGCUGUGGGAUGCGCUCAUCCUCCUCUUCGGUGGAUUAACGAAGGAAGAACAGUAGUUGGCUUCCUCUUCGAGAGGACGGUCCUCCUCCUUUCAGUUCGGCCAGUCUCUCCAGUUCCCGUGGAGCCGUUCCAUCUCUUUCUUGAGUAGACUCUUGGUUUUCCCAAGCCAAAAAGAGUCGCGUUUUACGCAAUUAGUGGCUUUGCGGAGGAUUUCGUUCGGAGAUUGCAGCUACGGUUUGUUGUGUGGGUGUUCGUGUGCCUGAGAGGGAGAUCACGGAUGUAAAUUGAAGAAACCAGCAGAUUAGAUCUGAAGAUGGGGUAAGCGAAGGGAAGACUGGUUUGAUAGUAGGUGGAUGAAUGAUCUGGCAACAGGGGGAAAAUGUGUUGAGGUUUAGCAAAUCAUGUGUCCCCUCUGGAUAUUUGUGUUUCUGCCGCUGCAAUGGAUCGGCUCCGAGUAGCGGGUGGCAGCAGGAUGACACUUUCUCAAUCGGAUAUCAUACUUUCCUCUGACCUUUCAGGAAAUUUGUUUGGGCAUUGCAAACAAUUGAAGUGCCUUCCAAGAUUUGCACUCUAGAAUCGUGCGGGCUGUUCACCAAUCAUUAAAAUAAAAAAGAAAAAACUUCUUUUCCGGUUAAUUUUUUGAAGCAACAUCUCAGGCGGUGAACAUAAACGUGGAUCUGAUUUUGAUCUCACUUGUUCUCAUGAAUAGAAUUGGAUAUAGAAAGUGCUUGAAACAUAUCCAGGUGCUGUAGAGAGUGAUUAAUGGGAAAUAAUGAGGCUACAACACCUUCAAAGUCUGAGAAACCGUAUUCACCUGUCCAGUUGCAGGAGCAGCCUGCAGUUCAUCCGUACCCUGACUGGGCAGCUAUGCAGGCAUAUUAUGGUCCUGGAGUGAUGCCCCCUCCUUAUUUUGGUACUUCUGUGGUGCCUGGUCAUGCACCUCAUCCAUACAUGUGGGCCCCUCAGCCCUUCAUUCCUCAUUUUGGGUCACCGUAUGCCGGAAUGUAUCCACAUGGAGUUUAUCCUCACUCCUCUUUGCCUCCUGGUACUCAUGGACAUUAUCCAGGGCUUGCACCAUCUUCUGCAGCAACCAAAGCAGUAGUGAUGGCCACCCCUUUGAGCAUAGAAAUGCCUGACAAAGCAUCAGGGAGCCGAGAUAAGGGGGUGAUGACUAAGCUUAAACGAUUUGAUGGGCUUACUGUAUCAGUGGACAGUAGAAGUACAAACAAUGCAGCAGGUGCUUAUGGGAAUGAGCUGUCACAAAGUGGGUAUAAUAGUGCAGCUGGCUCAAGUAAUGGAAGCGAUGGAAGUAAUUCAGCAGGAGGAUCCAAGGAUCAAAGAAAGCGCAGUUCUGAAGAUAUACAAUCCUCAGAUGAUAGAAAGGUCGAGUCAAAUUCUGAUCCUGCUCAGGGUGGGGAAAGAAGUUCAUCCUCAAAAUUGUCUUCAGGGGUUACUGUGGCACAUGCAAAAAUUGCAGGAAAUCCAGUCAUUAAUGUACCUUCACCUUGUCAAGCACAGAUGAUGUCAGUGAAAACUAUUGACACCCCUGGCCGCCCGCCAACAAUUGCUUUAGUGCCUGGUUGUAAUAGUGUGCCUUCUGAACUCUGGACGCAGGAUGAGCGGUCACUGAAACGGGAGAGGAGGAAACAGUCCAACAGAGAAUCUGCUAGAAGGUCAAGGUUGAGAAAACAGGCAGAAAAUGAAGAACUUGCUAAAAAAGUUGAGGCUUUGAGUGCUGAGAACAGGACUCUCAUAUCUAAAAUUAGUCAAGUAACUGAAAGCUCGGAGACACUGAGACUCGAGAAUGCUGCUUUAUUGGAGAAACUGAAUGCGCGAUCGGUCCAUGCAGAAGAAUCAUCUCCUGAUAAAAUGGAAACUGAUAGUGCCCCAUCUGUUGUCGUUGAGAAUUUCUUGUCAAUGAUAGACAAACAAAGCUCGAGCAGUCUAAGUGAAAAGCAAGAUGAUGAGAAAAGUGACAAGUCCAAUGGGAAACUUCGCCAGCUUAUGGACACCAGUCCAACAACAGAUGCAGUGGCAGCAAGCUGAUUAUUAUUCCAUUAGUAUGUAGUUUUGGCAUAUUUUUAUUAUUAUCAGCCCAAAGCUACUGCUAACCUUACAAAUUAAUUGAAUUAGGCAGCUUACGACUUGGGGGAUGAUGCCUGAGACCCACGAACUUUUGGGUGGCGAUUCCUAUGACCAUCCUAAUUUUGAAUUUUUAUUUCUUUCGACUAGUAUGAUCCAUGUAAUUAUGCUGUUGGAAGCUUUUAGAAAACUCAACUGCUAGUAAUGAAGAAAACUGCUGUAUAUUUAAGGAAGAGUUUUAGUCUUAUCACAAGCUUUAUAUUUUCUAUUCUUUUUUACUUAUUGUGACUUGUAUGAUCCAUAUCAUUAUGCUGUUAGAGGCUUUUACAAACCUCAACUGCUGAUGGAUGAAAAAACUGUGGUGUAUUAAACAAAUCUAGCUUUGUCAUCA